GUGCGCAUCCCAAAUCAGUCUAAUAUUAGCAAAAUGGAACGUUGGAACGGUCGGGUAGCUGUGGUAACCGGUGCCAGUUCGGGCAUUGGAGCGGCCAUUGCCAAGGAAUUGGCGCAAGCCGGUCUGGUCACCGUGGGAUUGGCCAGGCGUGUGGAACGCGUAGAUGCACUGCGCGAUCAGAUUCCGAAGCAAUUUUCAGCGAAUUUGCACGCAAUCAAGUGUGAUGUUUCGAAGGAAGAGGACAUCGGCCGGGUGUUUCAGGAGAUUGUGGACAUGUUUGGUGGAAUCGAUGUGCUGAUCAACAAUGCGGGCAUUGUGCGAGAUUCGAUGCGACUGCUGAGCGAAGAUUCGCAAGGAACUCAACCGUUGAGGGACAUCUUGGACACGAACGUGCUUGGGUUGACGCUGUGCAGUCGAAAGGCUUGCAGUUCGAUGCGGGAUCGAUCCGUCGAUGGACACAUCAUCCACAUCAACAGUAUCGCCGGCCACAGAGUGCUCAACUUUCCCCACAUGAACAUGUACUCGGCCAGCAAAUUUGCAGUGACGGCCCUGACCGAAACGAUGCGCAACGAGCUCAGGGAGAUGAAGUCGAAGGUCAAGGUUACGAGUAUCAGUCCUGGGGUGGUAAAAACCGAAAUAAUAGAUGCAAUGGAUAACCACAAGGAUUUUCCCAUGCUGGAGCCAAAGGAUAUAGCUGAUGCUGUUUUGUACGUGCUGGGAACACCAGCCCACGUGCAGGUACACGAGCUUACCAUCAAACCAGUAGGAGAAGAUUUCUAAGAUAUUUGGCGAAGUUUACAUUUAAAUUUUGUAGAAAAUGGUGAUAGUAUAUUUAGGUCGUCAUUGAAAAUAUAAAACGUUUUACAAAUAACUUCAAAGCAAAAAUUACAAGAGAAGUGCAAUCAACUGAAAACUAUUCAAAUAACAUUUUCCUGCGUUGAUAAAAAAUAAUUUUAAGCAUGUUGUUUGUGUCUAUUUUACAGAAAGCUUUUUUUCACACAAAAAAAAAUUGUUUUCAACCCUCUCCUUUCGAUAGUUUUUCCUGAGCACCAAAACUUUGAACUAAAAUUUAUAUGGACUAGGUCAACCUAAAUAUUUUUUUUUAUUUAGCUCACACUUUGCUAUGUCCAUAAAAGCCAUGGUGUCAUUGGUUCACCCAUACAAUUAUCCAUAGAAUGUUGGCAGCUGUCCAUAUGAAAAUGAUACCUUAUCAUCCGAGCAUUUAUUUCUAUUAUAGAAGAGUUUUUUUGAUCGAUUUUGUGUCUUGAGCAAAGUUGUAGGUAUUGAUGAGGACUAUGUAGGAAAAAAUUUCAUGUUCAAAAAAAUGUGGAUGAUUGUUUAAUUAACCCUAUGACAAACAAAUCGAUUCCGUCGAGUCU